UUGAAAUGUGUGUAAGAACACUUAUCUUUUCCUUGGUGCAUUGGAAGCUUCCCCAACACAGGAUCUGCAGCUUAGAUCCGAAGAAUGACCAAAAUCUCCCCGGUCUCAAACAUUUGGUUGGUCAAAUUCACGAAGGCAAAGAUGCUGCCCUUUUGAGUUUUUACCGGGGUCGCUGCCGGGAAUGCGCUGUGUAACGGGGAGUCGCCGCCGGUCAUUGCGGGUUGCAGGGAAAGGAGAAAACAGCCGGCUGGACGGUCGGAGACUCCGCUUCCUCCGCAGCUGCUGGCCGCCGCCUUGAUAGAUUGGCUUCGUGUAUCCCGGAAUUUUUGGGCGUCCACCACAUCAUCCCAAAUCAGAUCUGAAAUGAUAUGCUCCGUAUGCUUCUCUUGGUGUCAGGCUUGCGUUUCCCGAACCAAACCCGCCGGAAAUGGUGGCGAUUCAUGGAGCUUUGCCGGAACUGGAGCUGUCACGCCGCUGCCGGAGCUCGUCGCUGCUCCAGAGCCCCUGGUCUCUGUCGCUGGCCGCGUAGUGGAGGGAUGCCGUGCAGCUCGUCCCGUCCGUGUGGUGAUCGUCGCUGGUGGACCGUCGCCCGCUAGAGCAAGGGACAGACGCCGGUCAGUGGUCGUCAAUCGGCCCCUAGGAUGACAGAUUUGAAGCAGAUCUACGGCGUGGCUCUCCCAUCGUGCUUCGAAGCCGGCGGUGGUCUUCUGUGCGCGAAAUCAAGAUCUGGCCGGCGAUGGGUGGUGGCUCGAAGAUCUGGACCUUCCUAGUGAUGGCGAUGGCCGGCGAACUCAAUCCGGCCACUCCUCAGCAGAUCUACGGCGAGGCGCGCCCGUCGAAGCCGGCGGUGGUCUUCCGUGCGCCAAUGACAGAUCUGGUCGGCGAUGGUGGGGAAUCCAAGACCAUCGACCGAAUCCCACCAUGAAGAUCUGGAAAAACCACUCUGUUGUUUUUUUUGUUUUGGAGCACGCUUGAUGUGUUCGACACUCUCAACGAGAGCACCAAUGUUAGGUUAAAGAACUCGGGGGCCUAGAUGACUAGGCGAAAGAGUAUCGAACUGAGUCGAGAGUGCACACAAUAUGGGGUCAAGUAGAUUGAGAAUAAUAUCGUGCUAGUUGGAAUAUGAUUUAGAACGUAAGUCCGGAGCGUGUCGAACGAGCUCCCUCGUGUGGUGUGUGUAGAAUGAGAUUCCUCCUCUCCUUCCCUCUUCCGAGAAGAGGGUUAUAUAUAAUGGGAGAGUUAGGGUUAGGGUUUGCAUAUAAAGACCAAUGGGCCGGCCCAACAAGCUGGACUGCCCUAAAUAAGUAAUUAAUAAACGACUAACGGGCUG